AUGUAUUCUAUACAGUUUAUUAUCCAACCUUCAUGUGGAACUCCUACUUUGAUUAAUAAUCUAAAUGUUAAUUCAAAUAAAACUGUUGAGCCUGGAAAUUACGUUUUGCUAACUAUUACUUGUUAUACUUGUGAACGUGCUGGGCAUUAUAGUAGAAAUUGUCCUGAAUUACCUAAUAUUCAAAAUAAUUCUUCUGCUAAUAAUUCACUAUUAGCAUUAAUAAAUAAUUCAGGAACAGCUAAUAAUUCAGAGAAUCAAACUUUGUAUUUAAGCAUACCAGAAGAAGAUGAGCCACUAUUUCUACCUGCUAAAAGACCUAUUCGUCCCAAACCUAUAAUGAAUACACCAAUCCUUCAAAAAAGGCAAGCUGAAACUAAAGCUGUGAAUUUAAUCAACCUUGAAGAAACUGGAGAAAAUAAAGAUCCUGAUAUUGAAUAG